GACAAAUUCUACUUUGACAAAAUAUAAAAUGUUGUGCGUGCCCAAGAAAUUUCUGUAUCGAUUUCCUUUGAGUAUAGGAGCUGUUGUGUUUGGUGUUAUCACGUUAUGCCUCCUGAUAAUCUGCGCCGUCCUCAUGAUCUUCCAAAUCGUCUUCAUCAUGGACUGCAAAGCCGACGAAUCAUGCAAGCUCUUCGCUCUGAUCAACUGCUACGCUUACAGCAUCACUGGCUUUGUUUACAUUCUUGUCAUGAUCGCUUUGAACUUGUGGUUCUUUGAUGGCAUUAAAACGAGAAAGCCAUCAGUGGUGCUAAGCUGGCUCAUAGUAUAUUCAAUGUGGCUGGUCUUAGCCUUCGCAAUACUGAUCGUCUUAAUUAGUCUACAUGUGUCAGAAGUUCACAAUUUUACUAAGGCAGUUUGUGCCUUAGUAUUUGGACUUCUUGCUAUUGCCAUACUAGUGUACGGCGUGUUGGUGAUAUUUGGAUUCUGGGUGGAAUUGAAAAAGACAAAACAUCGGCUAUCAACGACUGCAUAAAGGGUUUUAACCCUUUGUGCCACCCCACACUAGCGUCUUUCUAGCGUCGGCGUCUAGUCAGCGCUAUGGAAAACGUUGCUGUGCAGUUGCGCCAACGUUGCGUCGAGCAGCAGCCAUAGUGCUGAGGCCUGAGUGGACGCUCGAGUUGGGCGUGCAGCGGGGCGGGGCGUGCGGCGUGCAUGUUAAACAAAUGCAAACGUAUAGGAGCGGCCUUAGUGCACGCUGCUCAAAUCACUUGUGAGCCCGACCACGCUGCACGCCCCGCCGAACGCUUCGCUCCGAGCGUCCACUAAGGCCUUACACACGAGUUGACUAGACGCCGACGCUCGGGAGACGCUAGUGUGGGGUGGUCCUUAGACCGCCAUAGACGUCAACUGACGUGCGCGGCUACAGCUCAAUAUCAACCUUCGUGAAUUUGCCACAAGGUUCACAAUAACGCGCUAUACCUACACGAUAGGCGGGGCGUUCAAAGGGUUAACACGUUCACUGCGGCAAGCCAAAACCUUUACCUAAAAUGUAGUGCGUUACGAGGCCUAAUUCGCCCCGUAGUGGUGUACACUUUGGUGCGUUACGGGUAUAAAAGUGCCCCGUACAUCCAAGUCUGUUAAAACUGCUAUAAAGUCCUGAAAUAUUUUAUUGUAUAAUUUUUUUUCUGACACAUUUAAAGAGUAUGAAAUUACCUAAUUCAUGUUCCCUUCGCACGUAGAUACGAUAAAAACGUAUGAAGUUAUAGAGAAAUUAAAGGACGGGGUUAUUUUCUCCCCGUAUCGCACUAAAAUUGAAAAACUACGGGGCUUAGCAAACCCCGUAACGCACAUACUUUGUUUAUGUCGAUAAAUCAAUAGUGAUGGGAAAUAAAACAAACGAUAUUUUAGCGCUUACUAUAGUAAUAAUUAGUUAUCGUUUUUCAGGUUGAAACCUAAAGUUUUAAUAUUAAAAACGUCACAUUCGGACACAACAUGUCUGGAGCUGAUUGGUGUCAAAAUUGAUUACUGAGCAACAGUCAACAAUACUUAAAAUUCAGUGAUAUGAUAUGUCGUGCAGCGUAUUACUUGUUCUAAAUUAUACCAAUUGUUAACUAUAUUAUUUUUGCAAUAACACCAUUCUAGCAUGCGUCUCAAACGCAUUAUUUUUAAUUUACCGAUAAGAAGCAAAGCAAUGCUGACUGCACUAGUGACUUUGUGGUCAUAACCCCGUACGGGCCAGCUAAAAUCUAUACGGGGUUCACUGGAACCCGUAUCGCACUAGAAGGGAAAAUUUGUUCCCUGGUCGGUACGGGGUUCCUGAGACCUCGUUUUAUUUGAAUAUACCACUUGGUUAUACUUUUGACAAGAAACUCAAAUGUAUAUUUGUCUUUAUCAUAGUCAUAAAAAUAUCCAAGAUACAGCUUCCGCACCAGCGAGUAAUCACGAUUUUUUGGUCUCCGCACUGAAUGAUGACAUCGUACGGGGUUCAAAAGCUCCCGUAACGCAGUGAACGUGUUAAGUAAUGACCAUUUUCAACUAUCAAUGGGAUUCAACUGUGAAAGGUUUUUAAAUAUGGUGCCAGCAUAGGUGUAAAAUCUCUUGUAUCGGAUUCGGCUUAAAGGGCUAACAUCCAUGCCAUAUAAUUACUAAACAAGUAUUUGCUUUGACACUAUGCGCAGGAUUGUCAGGUACAACCUAUGUUGGCCCCAUCUGUAAAAUACUUCGACCAGGCAACCCCAUUGGCUGGUAGAUCAGAACACAACGUGUUUCUAAGAUUUUGCCCAAAUACAUUUGGUUAUGUUUUAAUCAAUGCUUGUUACUUAUUUAUUCUCUUUAUUUAUUUUUCG